UCCAGCUUUCCGUCUGUCCCGCCAGCGGCGGCGGGCCGAGUGGAGGCGGCGGCGGCGGCGGGAUGGGGCCGGCGUGAGCGGGCCGGUGGGCGAGGCAGCGGGCCGGGCCCGGCCGGAGAUGGAGGCGCCGUGAAGCCGCCGAGGCGCCGCGGGGCCGGGGCCGCCCAGGAUGGCCCGUCGGGCGGGGCGGGCGCCGCCGGGCCGGGGGCUGCUGGCGCUGCUGCUGCUGCUCUGCCGGGCGGCGCCGCCGCUGCUGGCCAAGAGCCUGGAACCCGUCGCCUGGAGCGCCGCUAACCCCAAAUUCUUGCCUGGGAAGGGGCUUGUUAUCUAUCCAGAAAUCGGAGACAAGCUGGAUAUCAUCUGUCCCAAGGCAGAGCCUUCUAGACCUUAUGAAUAUUACAAGUUAUACUUGGUAAAGCGGGACCAGGUGGAUUCUUGCAGCACCAUUAUGGACCCUAAUGUGCUGGUGACCUGCAACAAGCCUGAACAGGAAAUCCGUUUCACCAUCAAGUUCCAAGAGUUCAGCCCCAAUUACAUGGGCUUGGAAUUCAAAAGACAUCAAGACUACUUCAUCACGUCCACUUCCAAUGGGUCUCUGGAAGGCUUGGAGAACAGAGAAGGUGGGGUCUGCCAAACACAGUCCAUGAAGAUCAUCAUGAAAGUAGGACAAGAUCCCAACGCUGUGAUGCCAGAGCAGCUGACGACCAGCCGGCCCAGCAAGGAAUCUGACAAUAAUGUGAAAAUUGCCACACAGAGCCCACGUAACAGAUUCCCACCUGCUGUGGAGGAUCCUGGGAAGCCAGAUCCUGUUAACCAAGAUGGCCAAGAUACUCAAAGCCCCACAGAUGGGUUCUUCAGCUCCAAGGUGGCCGUGUUUGCGGCCAUCGGUGCCGGCUGUGUGAUCUUCAUCCUCAUCAUCAUCUUCCUGGUGGUCCUCUUGAUCAAGCUCCGCAAGCGGCAUCGGAAGCACACCCAGCAGCGGGCAGCAGCCCUGUCGCUCAGCACCCUGGCCAGCCCCAAGGGCAGUGGCAACGCAGGCUCUGAGCCGAGUGACAUCAUCAUCCCCUUACGGACUACAGAGAACAAUUAUUGCCCUCACUAUGAAAAAGUGAGCGGGGACUACGGCCAUCCCGUCUACAUUGUCCAGGAAAUGCCUCCUCAGAGCCCAGCCAACAUUUACUACAAAGUGUGAGGAGCUGCUUUGGCACCCCACCAACAGAAGAGCACUCAAAGCCAGAGGGGUGGGCUGAAGAGCCCCCCGCCCAGCCCGAGUAGCGUGCUUGUCCUGAAAAGCAGCCUCGUGCAAGAGCAUUUAGUUGUGUAGUUUGGAGCAGGGGGAAUCCCAGGACUCCGCGGGGAGGGAAGUCCCUUGCCCCUUCCCUGAGCCCCAAGGUAGUCCCAGCAUGUUUGGUUGCCCACAGCUUGGGCUCUGUGCCUUUCCUCACUCUUCAACAUGCCUGGCGAUGCCCAAGAACUUCCUGCCAGCUCUUCAGGCUCCUUUUUUUUUAUAAUUUUAAGUAGGGGGGGUCGGCCCCCAGGGCCUGGGUGUUCUGCACUGUUGGGAAAGUCUGCCUGUCCUUGGUGUAAGAAAGAUGGAAACCUUCACAGAGAGGAGACUUGUCUGGCCCCAACUUUGUACUACUAUAAUAAUUUUAAAUAUUUUUGUACCUUUUUUAAACACUUUGUGAAACGUUGGAACUCUUUGAUCCUGAGCCUCUUUGUCUUCCCUUUCUGCAGCCUGCCCUCUUGCCCCCUGCCACUCCUGGCCCCGGGCUGCCCUCAGCAGCGGGGAGGGUCUUCUCCGAAGCCGCCUGCUGGGGUCCCACCCUUUUACACUUAGGUCUUCACUGGUCAUAGCAGACAUUUGGGGCUGUUAUUUUAAGAUCGUCUUUAGAGAGCGAAGCAGUCUAGUGUCGGAGCGAGGGUCCCGUCCUGAAUCAAGCAGGAAGGACGCUUUCUCUCUUAGCCAUGGCGGGACCCCCCCCCCGCACCACCCCCCAGCGCCACUUCUUUGCUGUGACAGGCACUGUGGGGAGGGGAGGGGAGGAGGACUUGUUUGUGGCAAGAACCUGCUGGAGGGGUGUGAUGUGCCCUGCGAGAGACAUUCAGUCAGAAUCCCUGUGGCUGAGAGGCGAGUCAGUGUCAGAAGCCGAAGGCAAGUUUUGCUUCCCCGUGAGGAAUCCUUGAGAGCAGAGUUCUCCAGUAGGCAUUUCCUUAGUUGGAGAGGAAGCUCCCACGUGGCCUAUCCAGGUCCCCCCAUCCUGGGUUCUGUGUCUUGGUCACUCUAGGAAGUCACAGGGGUGAGCUCCUGCCUCAGGAUGGGAUGGGACAGGACAGCCCCCCGAUAGCCUCUCUUCAAGAGACUCUGAAGUCCAUGUUCCUUUCUGGCUCGAAAUGAAGAGGGAAUCCAGUGGCAGGCUGAUUUCAAAGCUGCUGGCAGGUGUGGCCAGAGAGCAGCCGGGUGUUAUGACAGACAAGGCCCAUCUGGGGACGGAGCCAUCUGUUCCUGUCCACAGUGGCCGCCUUGGAAACUGCACCAAGAGGGGAAUCUUAGCCAGCUGGCCGAAGUUGGGGCUGGCCGGCCACUGUGCACUGUGAGGAGCACGGGCUGCCAUAGAGCCUUCUUGGGCCAGAGGGAGAAGCAGGAGCAAAGCAGGUCUUUGCUUCAGUGUGUUUCCAGUAUCCAUUCUCCCCAGAUGCCUUCCAGGAGGGGGGAGUUAGUGUCAGGCCACUGUUCCCACCACGUUGUUGCUCUGCCAGAUGUGAGCAGAAGCAGGCCCUCCCCUGAUACUGCUCCCAAGGCCACUCAGCAGCAGAAUCGAGGGCAGUUGUGGUCGAGUCUGUCGUAGGAAUUGUCACACAAUCAUCUGUGCCUCUUCAUGCAGGAAUCCAUUGUGGAGGGCAGGAACCAAAUCUGAUGCUUGGCUGGCACUGAGAGCCCAGCCAAUCACCAUGCACUAGAGGCGGGGCUCAGCUCCUCUGAUAGCAUCAGCACACUCCAUUGUCUGCUGUAGUCAGGGCAUGAGCACCAAUCAAAGACCCUGCUGUAGCGUUUCCGUAGCCUCGCACCAUUGGGUGGAGUUAGUUGCCAUCUUUUCCAUAGGGGGAGGAGCCAUGUCAUUGUCCAUAGCUGCAGGCUGAAGAGCAGUUUGGUGCUUCCAGACUGGCUCUCUCUUCCAUUACCAUAUUGUGUUUGUCAUGCCAAAAGCCUUACUUUGCAUGGAGGAGAAGAGAGUGUGAUUAGCAAGUCUUGCACACUUGAAGUCACCCUGGUUGGGCUUCCUAUUAUCCAGGCUGGCCCCAUUUCUGCUCUCCCCUUCCCUCCUAGGAGAGAGAGAAAUGCAGCCACUCGAUACGCUUCAUGGCCCACAUUGGGGGGCCCCACAUCCUCCUGGCCAAAACAGCCGCUGCCUACCUUGGAUAGGCUCUUUGCUGCACCAAGCCUUCCUUGGACUCUGGAGCUAACCGCUCGCUGCUGCUUCCAGAUCGGCCAAGGUGGCAGCUGAUCUCUGGCGGUGGACAGACGUCUGCACUUGUGGGUAGCUCAAAGCAGCAAGGUUGUCUCCAUGCACAUGCACAUGCUAUGCUAUGCUCUGAAACCUCCCUAUGUUUCCCUUUUUUAUACAGAUUUAAAACUCUUGCACAAGGCAAUAAACUGGCCUCAGGUUGCCUUCACAGGGGCAGAACAGAAUGGCAGGAACUUUGCUCUACUUUAUGGCUGAUCUCUUGGUCCCCAGAUCAGAAGUUUAUGGAAUUGACCUUAUGAAGUAGGGUUAAUCCAGUCGCCAUUCUCAAGAAGUGGUUUCAUUUGCCCCCUACAGCCCCCCCCCCAGUCUCUCUUUCCCCUAUGCAGUCUCUGUGCAGGAUGGGGAGAGGUUUGUGCUUGGGGGGGGGGCGGUGAGGGCUUUGAUUGUUGUGCCCUCGAGGCGUGUCCAGUGGAGGUCAUCCAAGUAUGCAGGAUUCUCAGGACUCCACAGAUAAAUGACCAGGAUUUUUAAAUUUUCAUUUUUAAAAAUUUUGCCUACUUCCUUUUUUGCCACAAGUGUAGGAUAUUUAAUACUGCUUAAAGCAGGUGAGGGGAUUCUUUAGUUUGUGUGUGAUAGUUGUAUCUAGAAAGCCCUGAGAGAGUGAAGGGUGCUGGGUAUCCUUUGGCCUGAGACUGUUCUUUUUUUAAAGCUCCCAGUCUAUUUUAGAUACUGACAUGCUUCCCAACCUUCAGAAGAGUUUUAAUGUGUGCAGGUCACAGAGCAGUAACCAUUCAAAUGUUAAGCCCCUCAUGCUGAGCUGCUUGCAGGUCUGGGGAGGAGACGUACAUGUACAGUUCUCAGCGGCUGGAAAAGAGGAUGCAGCCCAGCCAGCAGGUUGCCUGAAUCCGUUUCUUAAGCAGCAAGAAGUAGGUGGCAGCUGUAAGAUGAGAAAUUGAUCUGAGCUGCAGUUACUCCUUUCUCACUCAGUCACUCAAGAUUGCACCUGAAAAAAAUGUAUUUUCUGUGAGGAAAUAGCAUUGUGCAUGCAUGAACAUGGUUGGAAGCCUCCGUCAGCAUUAACUUCCUGCCAUGUGAAAAUGGGCCAAAAUCAAGCUCAGGGUGUGCAGCAGCUGCGCACUCAGUGCAGGGAAUUUCACCCCACCCACCCCCACUCCCCCAUUGAGUUCUUCCCCUCUGCAUCUCCCCCACCCCAGGCUUGCCUCAGGUGUGAUUUCAAGAGACUCUGAGAAGCUGCAACAACAAACGCAGCCUGGCUGAGCAAGCCCCGGGAGGGGGCGGGGGGAGCAGAGGGGAGGUUGACCAAACGUCUUGUUGGGCACCUCCGUCUCGCUCUCAAACUCUCUCUUGUGAUCGUCGUUCCCAUCAAAAGGACUUUUUUAUUUGAAGGUUUUGUUUUGUAAAUAACUAGUCUGUUUUGGAAGAAAUAAUGUAAAGAUGUUUUGUAUAAACUCUGGAUUAUUUUCUGGUUGCUUUUUCUUAGAAAAAAUGAGAACUAAAAAAAAAUAACCACAAGAACGGGUGUACAACAUUUGUCAUUAUGCCAUUGGGUGAAGAAGCAGGGGUUUCUCUGUCUGCAGAGGAGCCGGUCUGUGGGCAUCCCCCCUGGGGAGGCAGCUGCUAGAUGGUUCAAGCAUCUCUUGGAAGACGGUCGCAAAAGCUCUCCCCAGGGAGGAGCAGAAACGCAGACUGGGUGUGGGUUUUUUGGCUGGCUGUAUGGUUCUCUGUCACUGGAGGCCAAAACCUCUGGCUGACUAGAACGGGUAGAAAGUGCAGGUUUGGCUUCAUUUCACAUUCCAGCAUCCAUUAGUCUUUUGACCAAAAUCCAGUGAUCUGAUUCAGAAGUCAAAGCUGGAGCAGUGCCUCCAAAGUGUCUAGGAACCAGCACUGCACAGAGCUGGGCACAGGGUCACGUGUGCUUGGUGUCAUCUGUAAGCUAUUGGCUCCCUACAUCUGUUCUUCCAACUUAUUUUACCACUUCAACAGUAGUGAUUUGCUCAGAGAAUUCUGGGGACAGUGGUUUGGGGAGCUGCUGAGAAUUCUCUUUGAAACCCUCACUGGAUUCAUAGCAAGAAUGAACGAGUGCUAAAUCCGCUUAUGGUUGUGCUAAAUCAGCUUAUCAGUGUGGAUAUAUUAUUAGAGGCCACAAGAUUCCCGAGCCUGUUUGGUUCAGUGUGGCAAAUUCUGGGGUACCUCAAAUGUCCCCAGUUAUUUCAGAGGAAGGGGGGAAAGUUGAUGAGCUCAAGAAGGAAGACCAUCUGCAGCAGCACCCUGAUGCAUUGGCCGUCUGUCGGAGCACACCUGACCAAUGCAGCCUGGAGAAUGGCUGCACCAGUUGAGCAUAAGGACAUAAGAUGUCCACUGCACAUUGGAACAGUGAUGUUGACUGCCGACUGCUGGUGAGUUCAUUGCAUAGUAGAGAUGCCAUCCAACCCCUCAGUGACAACUGUGUGGUGCCUCCAUUUUCCUCAAAGACCAUUUCUCUUUUUAAGGCUCCGAGACUCCCUUCUCACAAAGGUGCCUCGUCCACACUUUGCUGAGCUUUUUGGCUGCACGGGUUUCGGGUGUUGCCCUGGUCUGUAGCAGUUGUGGACUCCACUGCUGUGUCCAAGAAGUUUCUCCACCCCCCAGUCAUGUUCCAGCUAUGUUCAGUUUUGAGGCCAAGGGCUCAGAUGUCUGAGUUUUCUGUUGGUGGCACUGAAUUUAUCAUAAAAGUGUAUGUUUUAUUCUUCAUUCACUUUGCCAAGAACUUUUUUUCAUCCUGCUUUCUCCCACUUAAAUCAUCCAUCGUCAUCAGUAAUCUGUAAUACGGGAUUUGAAUUCCCUGGAGCCAUGAUGGAGCCUGAUAUAUUGUUAAAUAAAAUAUUUUUUCCU